AUGCAGCAAACUCACGAGGAACAAUUGGAUGAAGAUUUUGUGGUGAUUUCAUUAGGAAUAGGAAGAACUUUUGGUACAAUGGAUGUCGUCAUCACCGUGCCGAUUUUCUUGAAUCAAGCUGAACGACGUGCCAUCGCAUCCGCCGCCGAAAUUGCUGGACUCAAUCUUCUCCAGUUGCUCAAUGAUGGAUCCGCUGCUGCGUUGAAUUAUGGAGUUUUCAGAAGGAAGGAAAUCACUGAGAAGCCAACCCAUAUGUUGAUUUAUGAUAUGGGAGCUGUUAAGACUACUGCGACCAUUGUGCAAUAUGUAUUGGAAUCGACUCGCAAAGAUGGAAAAGACAAGCAGCCAACACUCCGCACCGUGGGAGUUGGAUAUGACAAAACUCUUGGAGGCUUGGAAAUCACUAACCGACUUAGAGACCACCUAGAGAAGGUAUUCCGUGACACCGUCAGCACAUCUAAAGACAUUUCUACCAACGGCCGUGCUAUCGGAAAGCUUCACAAGGAGGCAGAACGUGUCAAGCAAGUUCUCUCUGCCAACAAGGACACAUACGCUCAAGUAGAGAGUCUUUUCGAAGAGCAAAACUUCAGAGCCAAGGUAACCCGUGAUGAGUUGGAAAAGAUGAUCGAAGACCUCGAACCAAGAAUCGCUGCUCCAAUUCUUGACGCCAUUGCUAUGUCCCAAUUGAAAGUUGAAGAUUUGGAUUUGGUGGUACUCAUGGGUGCGGGAACACGUGUGCCGAAGGUCAAGGAUAUUCUGAAAACUAUUUUGAAAGAUAAGGAAAUCAGCAACUUCCUGAACACCGAUGAAGCGAUUGCUAUGGGAGCUGUCUACCAAGCUGCUCACUUGUCCAAAUCCUUCAAGGUUCUCCCAUUCAACAUCAACGAAAAGAUCCUCUACCCAGUGUUCGUCAACUUCCUCACCAAAACUGAGGAGGGAACCAUGAAACCGAUCAGAAAAUCACUCUUUGGAGAGAAUUAUCCAGUUCCAAACAGAGUUAUGCACUUCUCUUCUUAUUCUGAUGACUUCAAGAUCGACGUUCAAGAUGCUGAUAAGAACCCACUUUCCUCUAUUGAAAUCACCGGAGUCAAGGAUGCUAUCGAGAAGGAGGUCACUGAUGAGAACUCUAUUCUCAAAGGAGUCAAGACAACGUUCUCCAUUGAUUUGUCAGGAAUCGUGUCAGUUGAGAAGGCUAGCGUUGUAGUUGAGAAAGUGCCAACCACUGAGGAGAAAGAGAAAUAUGAGGUUGACAAGAAGGAGUUCGAUGAGUGGGAGAAAGAACAGGAAGAGCUGAAGAAGAAGGAAAAAGCUGAAAAGAAAGAAAAGGAAGAGAAGAAGAAGGCUGAGAAGGAAGCUGGAGAAGAGAAGAAGGAAGAGGAUACUGCUGCUGAGGAAAAGAAGGAUGAGGAGACAAAGGAAGAUGUUGAGAAGCCAGUCGUGGUCAAGAAGACCAAGCCAGUUGAGCCAAAGGCAAAGAAAAUCAACGUGGCUCUGACCGUGAAGGAAACCAAAACUGACAACAUUGACUUAAACGAAGAAGAAGUGACAGCGGCUAAAAAAGUACUCGGAGACUUUGAGCACAAGGAAAAAGAGAAACACGAUCGUGAGGAGGCCAUGAACAGCUUAGAAGGACUUAUUUAUGAUUUGGCUGUUCGUUUGGAGGACGGCGAGGAAUAUGCAGAGUACGUCACUGAAGAUGAAAAGAAGGCGAUUCUUGAGGAGGUUGCUGUGCUGAAGGUCUGGUUUGAAGAUGACGUUUCUUUGGAAACAAAGAAAGAAGACUUCGAUGAGAGAAGAAUUAAGUUGGAGGAGCUCACUGCUAAGCCAAACGCCAGAAAGCAGGAAAGACUUGAUGUGCCGAAGGUUGCUGAGGUUCUCGAGGACCAUUUCAACAGAUCCAUGACUUUCCAUGCAAUGGCUCUCAAUUUGACUCAAUUCGAGGAAGGAAACAAGACUUUCACGGAGACCGAACUCGAAGUUCUCACCAAGUUGAUUGAGAGUACCACUGAGUGGUGGACUGAGAAAAAGACCGCUUUCGAUAGUCAGCCAAAGAACGAGGAUGUUGUUGUAAAGGCUUCUGAAGUCGCUGAGAAGGCUCGUGACUUGGAACGUGAAGUUCGUUAUCUUGUUAACAAACUGAAGAUCGCCAGCUCCAAGAAGAGCAAGGAAUCUGAAAAGAAGAAGGCUAAAAAAGAUAAAGAUACUGCUAAGGAGAAGAAGGAUGAUGAUACACCAGAAACCACGACCGAGGAGCAGACCGAGGAAUCACAAACACCUCCACCGACUGAGAGCGAAAACAUGAAAGAAGAUGAAUCAGCAACAACAGAAGAGCCGAAGAAAGAAGCUGAACACGACGCGUCGGAACUGUAA